GAAAAAUAGAGAUUUCACUUCUUUAAACCCCAAUUCCCAAAUUUGUAAGCAAAAUUGCUUGAAGAGAAUGGCUAACACUGAAUGUACUUCUCCUCCUCCGCCGAGGAUCGGUAAGAUCGGGCCGUACACGGUUUUCAUGACCCCUCCACCCACACCCAAAUCCGGUUCUACCGAGCUACCACCACCAAUUCAGCCGCAACCGGUUCAGACACCACCGGUUCAGGUGGUCGAUAAGUCAUGUCCGGUUUGGUCUCCUCCAAUGCAGUAUGAUAAACCCUCUCAGUCUUCUUUUGGGUUUUUCUGGAACGCUGUUGCUAAAGUUCAAAAUGCUCAUGCGAGUUUGGAUGAACAAGUGGCAUACUGGUUUGGAUUGAAUCAGUCGAAGUAUCAGUGGGCAUUAGAUGAUUACUAUGAGAGCAAAAAUAUUAACAAGGCCGAAGAAAAAGCAAAAGUCGUAGCUAGCAAAUUAGAGAAUGUAUGAUAUGCCAAAGGCGAAGGUAUAAAAUCUUGUUAGGAUGUGCUAUUUGUUUCCUCUUGUUGCUUCUAGUCCUAUUCCUGCACGCUAUGCCAAUAUAUAUGUGUGAUUGUCACACAUUUUUAGCUGCUAUGGUGCAGCAGCUAACAAUGUCGCGUUGUAUGGUGCAACAGCUAACAAUGCUGCUUCUGAAGUUAAUUGUUGUUAUCUAUUACAAUAUAUAAUCUAUGUACUUUUGUUACUGGUAUAAAGUUUCUUGCAGUUGAUACAUUUUGUUGUUUCUACUCAUCAUUUUGGUGUCCUAUCCAAUACUGAUGUUAUUGCAAGUAAUUUGGAGGGAAGUACCCAAUGUUAAAUCAGUUUUGUUUCCUUUUGAUAAAUGAAUAAUUCAAAGACAACAGUGAAGGAUAUGUAACAGA